AUGACCAACCCUGCGGCCGCGCAGAACCAGGAAAUAGACUGCCUGAGCCCAGAAGCUCAGAGACUGGCGGAGGCCAGGCUGGCGGCAAAGCGCGCGGCACGAGCAGAGGCCCGAGAGAUCAGGAUGAAGGAGCUGGAGCGGCAGCAAAAAGAGGAAGACAGUGAGCGCUACUCCCGUAGAUCCAGAAGAAACACGUCGGCGUCUGAUGAAGAUGAUCGCGUGUCAGCGGGUAGCCGCGGAAGUCUGAGGGUUGAAGAGAGACCAGAAAAAGACUUCACGGAGAAGGGGUCUCGUGGCCUGCCUGGCCUGUCUGCAGCCACACUGGCCUCCCUGGGCGGGACUUCCUCUCGAAGGGGCAGCGGGGACACCUCCAUCUCCAUUGACACUGAGGCCUCCAUUAGGGAAAUCAAGGAGCUCAAUGAGUUAAAGGGCCAGAUUCAGGAUGUGGAAGGCAGAUACAUGCAGGGAUUGAAGGAGGUGAAGGACUCACUAGCAGAAGUUGAAGAAAAAUAUAAGAAGGCCAUGGUUUCCAACGCUCAGCUAGACAAUGAGAAGACAAACUUUAUGUACCAGGUCGAUACGCUAAAGGACAUGAUGCUGGAGCUUGAAGAGCAGCUGGCUGAGUCCAGGCGGCAGUACGAGGAGAAAAGCAAAGAAUUUGAAAGGGAAAAGCACGCCCACAGUACCCUCCAGUUUCAGUUUGCUGAGGUGAAAGAGGCCCUGAAGCAAAGGGAAGAAAUGCUUGAGAAACAUGGAAUAAUCCUAAAUUCAGAAGCAGCUACCCAUGGAGAGACUUCAGACCCUCUAAAUAAUGUUGGCUACCAAGGUUCUACAAAGAUGACAAAGGAAGAGUUAAAUGCCCUCAAGGCAACAGGGGAUGGGACGCUAGGAAGAGCCAAUGAAGUGGAGGUGAAAGAUGAAAUGGUGGAGAAUGAGGGGAAAAGAGAAAUCUUGCAGAACACUGAGCAAAGACAGCAGAAAGCGGACCCAGGAAAGGACUGUGUGGACACAGAGGUGUUACAUCCUGGUGACAAUGCCGAGGACCGGAAAACCUCUGAAGACAGUGCCCCCUCCCCAGGAACGUUAGUAAAUUCUGAGAACGAGGAACAGGUUCAAAGCCAAAUUCUGGAGAACACUUCCUUCUUUGAAAGCACACAGCAGGUUGAGUCAAGUGAGGUCAUAAACAGACCACGUCAGGAACGUGCUCCUUUGCGCAUUGGAAGGGAGAGCAGUGCAGACACUGGGGAGCAGAGUGGGAACCCCACAGAGGCUGUGCCGGAGGCAGGGCUCACUGGGUUGGGGGAGCAGGUGGGCACUGUAGCCUCAAGUCCUCCAAGGGGUGUCGCUGACACAGUGAGUCACCGUGAAAAGUGUGAGGUAGAUGCUCCAGAAGGCUUGGACCCAAGCUCAGGGCAUGAUUUAGAGAAAGAACUCACCGACCAGGAGGUAGCUGAGCCCAAGGAGGUCCCAAUUCAGAGCACGGAGGUAGGUGGGGAGAACAGUGAAGGGGAGGGUAAAGGAAGAAAAUUAAGGAAUGAGAAACCAAUCGAGCUGGAAGUCCAAGCCAUUCCUUGUUCUCCAGAAGCCAGAAGCAGCCCUCAGGAGGUGACAGGUCCAAGUACGGUAGAUGCUGAAAGUGAACCCCUAGACGUGAAAGAGCCUGAUGAGGAAAAGAAUGAGCCACAGGGAGAGGCACUGGAUUCGUCGCCCAAGAAAACAAAGAACAAGAAAAAGAAAAACAAGAAGAAAAAAUCACCAGCGCCUGUAGAAACCAAAGAUGUUCAGAAAGAGUUAACAUUUCAAAACGCAGGUUUAAGUGAAGUGAAAGAAGAGCAGGUAGAAUUUACUGACAAAAAGCCAGUUGUGGAAGCACAAGAUGAGGUCACUAAAAACCCGAAACAGGACGCUGCGGUAGGAAGCAGUGAACACGCCGAUGGUCCAGAAGAUCCCAAAACUGAGUUGGUUGGAGGACUUCACCAGGACGAUUUUGGUGUAAACACUAAGACAAGGAAAGCAGCAGCUGAUGGAGACACGUUGGAUUUUGAAGAUAAUGCAGUUCAGUCAUCAGGCACCAGUGCCAGUAAUAAAGAAUUAGAGGAAGGUGCUAGAAAAGAUGAUGCUGAGGAAGAUGGCACCGCUCCCAGCCGUCCUCCAGGUCCAGACAGUGAGGAAGUGCCAAGCAGCACCCUGCUCCUAGGUGAAGGUCCCUCAAAGAACAUUAACGAUGCCUGUCAAACAGAAGGUACAGAAGAGCAUGUGACAUCAGAAAACCGAGGUCAGACAGUCAGGAAGGUUUCAGACAGCGUUAGUCUAGAAAAUGAUGACGUGGCACCAGCAGGCGAGGUGGGGGACUUUCAUUCAGAAAGCAAGGAAGAGAUGACAGGUGGACACGGGAAGGGCAGAAACAAAGAGGACUGUAGCUUGUCGUAG